CGCGUGCUCACUCAGUUGCAGAACAGAACCCGAAACAGAAACGAAUUCGCGCGCGUGCGCCGUCAGCAACGGUUUCGUUUUCGAUUUGAGUUUUGAAUUUUGAAUUUUGAUUUGGAAUUAUUUCGCAUUUGUCGGUGUGCAAAAAAGUGAAGUUCUUCUAAGAACGCAAGGUUGCACAAAUAAAAUAUAAAUAUAAAUUAUAUUCAAGUGUAAUAUAACUUACCGCAAACAUGGAAGGUCAGGCCAAGCAAGCGUACUUCGUGAAUGAAGCAUUCAAUCAUGAGGAGCACCCACAUGGAGACAAUCUGCAUCGACGGAAGAGCGGCGGCACCAACAAGGAACUGCAAUUGGAUUUGGGUCAACACAAGAAGGGUCAGGAUGCGACGGGCAAUGGUGUGGACACUGGCAAUGGCUUACCCAGCAUUGACUUCGAUGAUUUACUGCCGCUGAUUGGGGAGUUUGGCAGAUACCAGAAGAUCCUCUUCAUCUGCAUGAUACCCUUCUCGUUCUUCGUGGCCUUUGUGUACUUCUCGCAGAUAUUUCUAACGCUGAUACCCGAACAGCAUUGGUGCCAUGUCCCAGAGCUGGAUGGCCUGGAUGUGGAGGCCAGACUGGCGCUUUCUAUACCCAUGAUGAAUGGGGAAUACAACAAUUGUUACAUGUACGACGUGAACUACACCGAAAUUAUGGCCCAGGGCAAGGUGAUGGCCGAUCCCAAGUGGCCGAGGGUCAAGUGUCGCCACGGCUGGUCCUACAACUACACGGAGAUACCCUACUCCACAGUGGCCACCGAACAGAAUUGGGUGUGCGAUGACGCCGCCCUGCCCACCUAUGCCCAGUCGAUUUUCUUUCUGGGUGCCAUUGUGGGUGGCCUGCUGUUUGGCUGGGUGGCGGAUCGUUACGGACGCAUUCCGGCACUGAUUGGCACGAAUCUGAUUGGGCUCUUUGCCGGCGUUGGCACUGCAUUUUCGAACAGCUUUUGGGAGUUUGCUGCCAUGCGUUUCUUUGUGGGGUUCGCCUUUGACAAUUGCUUCACCAUGAUGUACAUUUUGGUCCUCGAGUAUGUGGGUCCCAAGUAUCGCACAUUUGUGGCCAACAUGUCCAUUGCCAUAUUCUUUACGGGCGCCGCUUGCCUGCUGCCUUGGAUUGCCUACUUUGUGGCCGACUGGAAGCUGCUGGCAAUCAUUACAUCCGCGCCGCUGCUCCUUGUUGUCUUCACACCGCUGAUUGUGCCCGAGUCUGCGCGCUGGCUGGUUGCCCAGGGCAAGGUGGACAAAGCCAUUUCGAUACUCAAGAAGCUGGAGCGACGCAAUGGCCGCCAGGUGCCCGAGCAGACUUAUCAGCACUUUGCCGACAGCUGCCGCCGCAUGCGGGAGCAGGAGGCACAGAAUGGCAGCUACUCCGUUCUGGAUUUGUUCAAAUCCCCUCGCCUGCGUCGCACCACACUGCUGCUCAUUGUCAUCUGGAUGGCCAUUUCGCUGGUGUUUGAUGGGCAUGUGAGGAAUGUUGGCUCCCUGGGCCUGGACAUCUUCUUCACCUUUACGGUGGCUUGUUUCACGGAGCUGCCGGCUGACACACUCCUCACUGUGACCCUGGAUCGCUUUGGACGUCGCUGGUUGGCCUGUGGCUCCAUGGUGGCCAGUGGUGUCUUCAGUCUGUUGGCUACCGUUGUGCCCGUGGGCGUCUACUCCGCUGCCUUGGCCAUUAUGGGACGAUUCUUUGUCAAUAUCAGCUACAACAUUGGACUGCAGUGGGCGGCCGAGGUGCUGCCUACAGUGGUGCGUGCCCAGGCGGUGGCCUUCAUUCACAUCAUGGGCUAUGUGGCCAGCAUCAUUGCACCUUUCGUCGUGUACUUGGCCAACAUUUCUCCAGCUCUGCCGCUGAUAAUUCUGGGUCUGCUGGGCAUCGUUGGCGGUUUGUUGUCGCUUCUGCUGCCGGAGACGCUUAAUCACGAUCUGCCGCAGACCCUCAGCGAUGGGGAGGAGUUUGGUCGGGGUCAGAGCAUUUGGGAUUUCCCUUGCCUGGCCAAGCAGGUGGACGAGGACGGAGAAUCGCGCAGGAACACGGAUGUGGAGAUUCGUUCUCAGGCCUUUGUGCGGGGCACACAAACAGGAGCCUCCCUCUCUGCCUCUACGGGAGGAGAGCUGCGCUCCAGCAUAUUGCGCAGAUCGGUAAAGUCACGAAACUCUACGAAGCUAUAGAGGAUCAGAUCAGUCAGUCCCUUUAGCUCUUAGGUAGUCAAAACUCAAACAACUGUAGCCUUGCCUUGCAUUUUUAGCAUCAACUAGCCUCUAAGCGUCUUUGUAGACUUUUGUGAUACUAGAAAUAAGAAAUCUCAUGCGCCUCCUGAACAAAACAUCAAAAAUAAAUAACGAAAAUAUUUAAAUA